AAGAAGGAUCGGACAAAGAAAUUCGUGCUCAGUCUGGACGUGUUUGUUUAUAUACGCGCAUUAAUUGUCCGUGAACGGAGCAUCAAAAAACACUACGGUAUUUCUAAUUCCUAAAUACUAAAAGGAAUUUAGCAAUAAGAAACUUGCCUUAUUUCUUUCUUCGAAAUGGAGUGGGAUCAAGAAACUUUUAUAAAGUUGAUUGGCGAAUACAGAAAUAGAGAAGUUUUGUGGAAUCCUCGAAAUCUUUUUUAUUAUAAUAAAAUACGAAAAGAAGACGCCUGGAGGGAAGUUUCUGAAAAAUUUGGAAACGAUAUUAAUGAGGUGAAAAAAAAAAUUGAGAGCCUGAAAGGUUCCUACAGACGAGAGAAAACACGAAUGAAGAAAAGUGUUGGAACAGGAAAAGGACGAAAUGAGGUUUACAUGUCCAAAUGGUUUGGGUUCGAACAUUUACAUUUUUUGGAAGAUAAGGACGAGGUUCGGAAGACUUUGAGCAAUGUACCAACACCGUUUAACGAAGAAGAAGAUUCUAGCAAUGAAUCACGAAAUGAGACAUUCAGAGAAGAAACAGAAAUUGGACAAAAUCAAUACUUUGAAGAAGUACUUGAUGAACAUACACUAGGCAACGAGAAUGAGAUGUCGGAUAAAGAAGAUAAAAAAGAGUUCAAGUCUCCAAAAAAGCUUGCAAUAAAACGGAAAAAAAAUGAAGAAGACCCGAGAAUUGCAAAAGCUUUUGGGUAUCUCGAAGAAGCAACUGUAGCUGCGAAGCAAAAAAAAGAUCAAUAUAGUCUUUUUGGAGAAUACAUUGCAGAUAAAUUGCGCACGUUUGACGCCCGUAGUCGCGCCGUUGCACAACAUCGAAUUAGCAAUGUUGUUUUCGAAUUGGAAAUGAAUGCAUUUCAGCAUCCGGAAACUCCACUCGUGCAAUCUUCUUUUCCGAUCCAUUCCUCUCAGAGAAAUGCUUAUCAAUCAGUUGCUCCACAUAACCAAAAUCAGGCACAAUUUGGUUAUAGCGACCAAUUUUAUCGAGCACCAAUGUCAACAAAUUAUAAUCAACCCUCCCUGCAUUUGUCCAAUUUUCAACAGGAGACAUUACGUCCACUUACUCCACAAACAUUUGACACUGAUAGCUCUCGAUCAUCCACUCCAAUGAGUCAGCUAAAUUCACCAUAUCCAUCUCCCCAAAAAAACAAUUCGCCCUCUUUAUGUAAUUAUUUUCAACAACUUUCAGAUUCAUCCAAUGAUACGCAAUAAAGAAAUCACUACAAUAUUUUUAUAUCGAUAUUCUUGUAUUUUAUAAAUAUACUACCAAUAAAAAUGUUCAUGACAGCUA